ACCUGACUCUGCUCGCUCGGCGUAGCGCCUGAAGAAGUCCCUGAGGUGCUGGCCCUGGCGAACGAGGUGCGUACGCGGUUACUGCAGGCUCGGAAGGGCCGGCGGACGCAGAGCUGGUUUUAUGAAAAUGUCUUCAUGAACAGUUCUUCCUUUUGCACAGUCUUCAAAAUGAUAGCGUGGGAGCCUGCUUGAGCUCUUCAGAUCUGAAGAACAGAACAUGCUUCCCUCUGAGAUUUUCACUAACAUUUGUGAUACAGCAUGUCUUUAAGUGAAAGGAAUACUGUGGUUUUUGCUUAUGAGUCUUCAGUGCACAGUACCAAUGUUUUGCUCAGUCUCGAUGAGCAGAGAAAGCAUGAUCUUUUUUGUGAUAUUACCAUCUUAGUGGAAGAUCAGCGAUUUCGGGCUCAUCGCUCUGUGCUUGCAGCUUGUAGCAGCUAUUUCCGUUCAAGAAUUGUGGGUCAAUUGGAACCUGAUCUUAUUAUUAUUUUACCUGAAGAGGUUGCACUAAAAGGAUUUGAGCCUUUGCUUCGAUUUGCAUAUACUUCUAAGCUUAUUUUAGAUAAAGACAAUAUAGCGGAAGUUUGCAAGUGUGCCGAAUUCUUGGGAGUACAGGAUAUAGAGGAAUCAUGCUUUCAGUUUCUCAAAUUCAAGUUUCUGGACCAUAAACUAGGUCGGCGCGAAUACCAGCAAAAGAAGUGUUGUAAAUCACGCUGUCAGAAAGAGGAGCAUAAAAUAGAUGUUGCUGAUGAUAGCCAUCUGGAAACAGAUGAUGUGAAUGAAAUUUUGCAAAAUGAAUGUAUGUUGAAGACAUACAAAAGCGAAAAAAAUUCAGAUGUAUCUCUUCUACAAGAUAGCACCAAUCCAACGUUUGAGUCUGAAUCAGGAGGCGGCCAGGGGGUUGAUUUUGCCUCCCUUUGCCCCAAGUACAGGAAGUACCAAAAAGCAUUAGGGAGUGAUAAAUCCCCCACGGUGGAGUCCAACUCCAGUAUUAAAGAAGUUCAGGUAACAUCUGCUGCAUCUGUUCAUCAGAUUGAAUCAUAUACUAGUGGUGCUACUCAAAAAUCUUUGGAACAUACAGCUGUGCCUCUGGAUGCAAAAUGUGAAGAUGCUCAGGUAGAAAUGGAAGAAGAUGGGAAAGAAGAGUUCUUGAAACAGAUGGCUUCUGUGUUCCAGAGUACUGAAUGUUCUGCAGAGAAGCCAGUUUCUUUUCCUCCUCAUAAUUCUUCUGCUGCCACCGAUGGGCUUUAUCCCACUGUGUUCUUGAACACACGUGAUCAAUACUGUGACAUGACACUGAGUGGUAUGCAGAGCAAUACAGAGGGCACUGAAAAGGUCACUGAAAAAAACAGCAUUGUUACAGUAACUGGAAAUUGCAAACCAAUCAGUGAAAGUUCUGAUGAGAGUCUAACUUUGAAGUCUCACUUGUUUGACCGAGAAAAUAUAAAUGAUACUUCACCUAGCAAUCGCAGCAGUGUGGAGAGAGAGGUAGCAGAGCAUCUGGCAAAGGGAUUUUGGAGUGAUAUUUACAACACAGAUGCAACAUGUCAGAUCAGCUUGUCUCCUGCAUCAGAUCAGGUCUAUUCAGAAAAGAAGUCAGAGUGUCCUUGGUUAGGUAUCAGGAUCAGUGACAGUCCUGAGCAUUGUUCCCAAAGAACUUUCACAACUUUGAGCUCUGUUAACUGCCCUUUCAUAAGUAACCUCAGUACUGGAAACAGCACAGAAAUUAGUAGUGGUGACUGUGUACAGGAACAGCCACAAGAACAAUGUGCUCAUUCCUGUGUGAUAAGUUUGGAAGAAGAUUCUGAAACUGACACAGAAGGAGAUAGUGAAUCUUGUUCCGCAAGAGAACAGGAAUGUGAGGUAAAGCUGCCAUUCGAUGCUCAGAAGAUAAUUUCUCUUUCUAGAAAUGACUUUCAGUCAUGUCUGAAAAUGCACAAAUUGACACCAGAACAGCUGGAUUGUAUACAUGAUAUUAGAAGGCGAAGUAAAAAUCGAAUUGCAGCACAGCGCUGUCGCAAGCGGAAGCUAGACUGCAUACAAAACCUUGAAUCAGAAAUAGAGAAAUUGCAAAGUGAAAAAGAAAGCUUGCUAAAGGAGAAAGACCACAUUUUGUCAACGCUCAGUGAGACAAAGCAGAACCUGACAGGCCUUUGUCAACAGGUGUGUAAAGAGGCAGCACUUAGUCACGAGCAAAUACAAAUACUUGCAAAAUAUUCCACCUCUGAUUGUCCACUUUCAUUUUUGAUCCCGGAGAAGGAACAGCCUGCACCUUCAGAUGUGAUGUCUGCAGUACCAUUAUGUAUAGAACUAUCUAAAGACCUUCGUGUUGAAUUGCCUGCUGGACAGAGUUCUAGCUAUCGGCAUGUAAAAAGCUCAUGUGAUGCAGGAUAUACGAAAGCACAGGAAUUGUGUCCAGUUCCCAUAAGAAUAUCAGAGAAAACAGUAUGUUUGGAGCAACGUGUGCAGAGCAGUGGUGGUAUCACAGAUUUUUGUCAACAAAUGACUGACAAGUGUACAACAGAAUAAUCUUCUGUCAAACUCAACCGUGCAAGAUUUGAAACAUCAGUCAUUAGCUAGGAAGGAUGAACUUUCUCUGUGGUGCAGUGCAUUACACAGUAUUUAAUCAUACAGAAUCAAACUUAAAUAUAUAUAUAUUAUGGGCUUGCCUCCUCUGACAAGAAAAGGAAAUGCUGUUUAAGUUUGUAAUUCACUUUCUUAGAAACAAAAGGGAAUUCCUAUAAUUCAAAUACUUCACAUUGUUAGUGUCACUAGAGCAAAAUAACUGGAACAAAUCUUUCACACAGUAAAUUCUUUUACAAUUCCAGCUACAACUAAACCUCAAGAAUCUAUAUCUUUCAGAAUAUUAGAUCAGUGCUUUAGAAGCAUACCCAGUUUUCAACACCUUAUUGCCCUCCCAUUUUCUCUAAAUACUUGAUUUAAUAUACCACAGUAGUCUGUGCUUCCUGCUUAAACUGUAAUAGGAUGUUGUAUUGGGGAUUAAAAUUACCAAGUGUUCUUGAAGGAUUUCAUCUUUCACUAUUACCAGUGGGACCAGUUCAGAUGCAUUUGAAAAUUAUUCUUUUAAAUGGCUACUUUCGUGGGGAAAAAACUAAUUGUAGCCACUCAUUUAUCAGAAAUGAAUCAAUUGAAUUAUUCGGUAGUUUAAACUCUUGAAAUAAGCAAAGUUUCUUUACUAUAGGCUGUUCUGUUGUAAUAGCAUAAUCACUAUAGAUAACAAACUCUACCUACUGAGCCUCAAAACAUUUUUUGCUGGUUUACAAAUAUCAAGCCAGUGGAAUCCUUCAUUUCCUACCUCAGAACAGACAUUUUUAUACCUAUGUUUGGAAUAUGAUCAUCUUUCUGCAAAAUCUAUUUGCGUUGCAGGGUUCUAGAAUAAGUCUGCUUUCUCUUCCGACAUGUUAAAGCAUUGUAUAGGUUAGUGAUGAUUUAGCCUUGCUAGAAAAGUUAGCUUUAUAUUGAAAUGUAAAUACAUGGUGAGCAUUUGGCCAAAUACAUCAUUUGAACAGUACUUCUAAUAACCAGCAUGUAUUACAAAAACAUACACUACCUCAUAAACUGAUUUCAAGGUCAUUCAGAGCUGAAAAGAUACAACACAUACUUGUCACAAGUUAGCAUUAUGAUUUACACACUUUUGGCUUCAUUAUGGAAGUUCAUGUACAAGUUUUGCAUGGUUUCUUUUGCUUGUGUGUUUAUUUCUCUAGUGAUUUGUGGAAAGAUUUCAAGAAGCAUUGAAGUAAGUAGGGGUGUUUUUUUUUUGGUGUGGUGUGCCUUUUAUCUGGCACUUGCUGUUGGAACAUACACAUAAUUUGGAGGAAUCUUCUGACUUUCUGAUUAGUCCUGUUCUUUUUUGACAAAUCAGUUAACAGUGCCAAAUCUGUUAAGGCACAUAAUGUACAAUCUGUCCAAUAAAGAUGCAACUUAAAUUCUGUUUUUAAAGCAAGUAAUAUUGACACAGUAUCCAUCUGUAGGGGUCUCUAGUUUUCUAGUUCUGUUUGGUCAGGCUCCUGUUGGUUGAGGUAAAAAGGGGCAGUCUGGUUGGGUGUCUAUUUUUAAAAAUAAGGAAGAACUAAUCACUGUUCUCUAACAAAACUGGGACAAAACUGUGUUAUUGGAAUUUGUUAAUUAUAAUUCAGUAUCUGUGAAUUGGAACUUUAGUUCAAUUCAGACUCUUUCAAAAUAGUUGAAUAUACUCACUUUCUAAUUCCCAAUUAGGAAAAAAAACCCUUGAGUUGGUUUAAAGCCUAACCAACUAUCUCUAGAAUAGUUUGCCCAGUAAUGUUUCAGAUUGCAUGCAGACAUUGAAACAUUAAAUCAUUAACCUGCAAAUAUUCAGAAUGAGCAUCAGUGGCAACUUUUAAUAUACAAAAAAUAUCUCAGGUAAACAUUUUUAAAUUUCAGCUAAGAGCAUUCAUUCUUGAACUUGUAAUGUAUUUGCAUCAAGGCAUGUUCACAAGUGUCUGAAAUAUUUUGGGCAGAAUAUUAAGCAUUUUAAAAGGAAAGCAACAUAAAGAUUGUAAAAAUGAAAACCCCUACAUUAAUUAUAAUUGAUUUUGUAUCUUUCCUAAUCCAGUGUUUUCUAAUGCAAUAAAACCACUAUACUUUCUACGGUCUUCAUUUUUGUAAAAUUUUGGCACUGUAAAAUUGAUGCUUACUGAUUAAUUUAGUACUACUAAAAUUAAACUCUGAAAAUGUUAUUUAUACAGUUUAUAUAAUAAAGCAGCACAUAUUACUGAAUUGUAAUAAAACUCUUAAAAGCUGUCUUUCAAA